CUCACACAAUUACAUGGUGGUAUACUGGUGGCUUUAACAUACAUAGCGACAGCGCCUCGUUGUGUGGUAAAAGUGACUGUGAGAACACAGAGGAGAGUAUAUCAGUUGGAAUAGAGACGUAUCUCACUAUUUAUCUCACCCUAUUUGGCCCGUAUAAGACAAACCCCAAGGAACAAGACUGGCGAUAUUUGUAUCAGACAAUGUCACCGAGGCACUUUCUUCUGCUGUAUGUUACAUGCCUCUUUGUGGUGACGUCACUCUAUCAGUCUGUGGGCGACGCGUUUAACCCUGUUUGCUUCAUUGAAAGACCCUUCAGUGCCCUAAGUAAGAGAAGCAGAAGUCUUGUUCAAGUGCAGACUGUACUUCCAGAAUACCAAUCAGUCUUAAGUUUGGAGGCAAGCUGGAAACCAAAGGAUGACUGUACUUUGGAAAUUAGUAUCCUAGGGCAUUUUACUCUGUACACUCUAUUCUUGGAACUUGUUGAGUUACGCUGUAAUACCACAUCUGAGGGAUACAUCUCUCCUGCAAAUGUCACGAAAGUGAAGACUGGAAUACAGAAUCCAGAUCCCAAGUUCCCGGAUAUACCAAACCGUUGGUGGGGAGAGAGCGGAACGGUGGUUAUCGUAAACGUUGCGCAGGUCAAUGCCAGUAACGUAGGACUAUAUCACUGCUUCGCCAAACAUGAUCUGUUUGAUGAAAAGACAGCUAUUAAUAUCAACAUAACCAUAUCUGUUAACGGUUGUCCCGAAGGCUCUUGGGGUUUGCACUGCGACCAAUCAUGUAGAUGCAUGCACGGAGGCACUUGCCAUUCCUGGGAUGGAUCGUGUCGGUGUGGAAAAUCAUGGAAGGGCCUCUUCUGCGAGCAGGAAAAUCCACACGUGGAAGCAGUGGCCAACACUGACUUUGUAUAUGUGGGAGACACCUUCAAUCUUUCGUGUCUGACUUAUGUCCUCAACAUAUCCGAGAGUAAUUUCACUUGGUUCUUCCAGAAUGAACGACUGUAUUCUGGAGUGUCCAGCAUCAUUAUUUCCAAGGUGAACGAUGACCAUAAAGGUGAAUACACGUGCACAGCCGUUACCAGCGAUGGAGAGGUGUUUUCUGAUACAGUUGUAAUUACCAUUAUUGGUUGCAGACCUGGCAAAUAUGGGAAAAAUUGCGACAAACAAUGCGAGUGUCAGAAUAAUGGCACUUGUGACAGAUAUGGAACAUGUAUCUGUUCGGAUGGGUCUUCGGGAACAUGGUGCAACGAAACAGAUUGUGGAAACCGGAGUACGAGCCUCAAAAACUGUUCAGAUGGUACGGACUUAGCACCGAAUGUUGGCUUUGUGGUUGGAUGGACCAUCGGAGGAGUGGUAUUACUAACCACAAUUAUUAUAAUGUUAGUGUUGUUUUUGAAGCGGCAACAGCCUUGCCUAAGAAUAACCUAUACAUCCGAGUCUUCGACCAUUGAGGAGUACCUACGGUCCAAAGACGUUAGCGAGCUGGUGAAAGACAAGGGCCAGCUUCGAACCUCAGACCUGGGUGUAUUGUGGUCUCACUGGGGUCUGGACGAGUCGUGCCUCUUUGUAGGGACGCAGCUUGCCGAAGGCUGUUUCAGCACUGUCUAUGAUGGACACUUCAUGCAGGUUGGAAAGAUGUACAGUGUUGCAGUUAAGAUUCUUAAAGAUGAAAAGGACGAAGUUGCUUGGAGAAAUUUCAUGGGAGAGUUUGAAAUACUUUCACAUGUGUGUAAGCACUCAAACAUUGUCCAGAUGGUUGGCCUUUGCACGAAAAACAUCUUCAGUAAAGUUGUUACCUGUUUAAUACUAGAAAACAUGGCUGCUGGAUCACUUUAUGCUCUUUUGCUUGAAAACCGAAAACCCAAGACGGCUCAUUACCAACUCCAGUCUCACGAUUAUGUUCGCAUCGUUUUGGAUAUCAUUCGAGGGAUGACUUAUCUAGAGAAGUUACGAUAUGUCCACAGGGAUCUUGCUGCUAGAAAUGUACUGCUCAACGAAUCUUUAGUGGCAAAGAUAUCUGACUUUGGCUUGGCCAGGGAUGCUUAUUCCACAGGAGAAUACCAUCAAGCCACAGGGCGUAGGAAGGCUUUACCCUGGAAAUGGAUGGCCUAUGAAUCUAUUAAGGACAACCUGUAUACGCCAAAAAGUGACGUAUGGUCAUUCGGGGUUUUGUUGUGGGAAAUUUCUACUCUAGGUGCUUGUCCAUAUCCAGGAGUAUCCAACGAAGAACUACUUGCCCAUUUGGAUAAAGGAUGCAGACCCGAAAAAUCCCCAUCAUGCUCAAAGGUUUGGUAUGAAGCAAUGAAAAUCUGCUGGGUCGUGGAUGCGGAUGCAAGGCCAACCUUUGACGAUCUCUAUUGUUUUUUUAACGACUUGUUUACUAAAGCAAAGAAUCUAUCUCCAUUUAAUGGUGAGGUCCCAAAGUUUGAAGCCAACCAAUCAGAGUUGACAGGGAUGUCGGACGAGAAAACCUUUGAGGGAACCCAAGAGAGCAUCCUGAUGUCGUAACUGAUUACUAAACAGCUGUCUUCGAACGACAGUUUCACGACUACUAAGCCACAGUAACACUUAUAACAUAUAAGGCAAUGAAACUCAAGGUUUCCUUCCGAGACAUCGACAGUGCAAUGAAAAAUUCCACAAGACAUCCACAGUGCUGUGAAAACUUCCACAAGACAUCCACAGUGCUGUGAAAAAUUCCACAAGACAUCCACAGUGCUGUGAAAAAUUCCACAAGACAUCCACAUUGCUGUGAAAAAUUCCACAAGAUGCAUGCGGGUAUAGGGUAAUUGUUUUAAGGAUAAGAGCGAUUCAUAUAUCACGACUAUAUCUACUUUUUAUUUCACGGACAUUUGUACUUCGACUAUAAUAAAGUACUCCCAUAUCAUGCUUUCAGAUUAUUGUGUAUGUUCAACUAAAUAUAAUUUUUAUUUUAGCCUUUUGUUUCUAAGCUUACUAUUCGGCAUAAUUAUCGACUGUGACCAUAAACGAUGUUAUGAAGUGAGCUUUUAACGCACUGACAAAAUUGUCCCCAAAGCUUUUUUCACACAUUGUUUUAGAUUUUUGUUACUUCUAAAAUGCAGUUAAAGUAGGAUAAAAUAUGGCAGCCUUUUAGGACCAAAUCUAAGCGAUGUGACAUAUUACCAUUUUCUUCAUAUUUUAUUUAUUUGAUUUGUCUUUUACGCCUUACUCAAGAAUAUUUCAUUUAUACAACGGCAGCCAGCAUUAUGGUGUGAAGAGACCGGACAGAGCCAAAAGGAAGCCCACGUAUAUCCACAGGUUGCUGGCAGACCAGAGAGGAAAUCAGCAUGAACUUGACUUGAACUCACAGCGACCUCGUUAGUGAGAAGCUCCUAGGUCAUUUCGCUGUGCUGGGACGUUUUCUUCCUAAGACUUUUCGUUAUAAGGAUUAUUCUAACAUGUUUUUAAAUUAAUGGAUUUUCAGUUGGUCAAAAUAAUGUGAAAACCGUGUGGAAUAUAUGGUUUUAAAUGGACCCCGUAUAAACACUUUUCUGAAAGUAAACAAAACAAUUUAGCCUUCUUGGACACAGUUCUCUGUUGUCUUUCAUUUGAGGCACACACUAUUUUUUUCUUUUUUCAUUAGCCCAUUGUAUUAUUUGUAGUAUUUCAGUCGUACAUGUAAUACGUAAUAGCACGUAAUAGCACAUGUCUUGGAUCAUCUCUAUUAACAAACUAUAGAUUAUCUCCCUCCUCCUACUCCAUUCGACAUUGGCAUAGGGACUUAUUGGUUAUGUGAGUGUGCUAUUUUGGUUCCGCCGCAUGCGUUUUUGUUUUUACAGAGUUAACCCCCUUUAAACUAUGAAUGGGGACUUAGGCAUUGAGUCAUUGUCAAUGCAUCUCCUAGUUAGGUGGACCAGCAGACUUGCUGGAACACCUCUUGAUUUUAUUCGGAUUAUUAUUAUUAUUUUUUUUCUUCCACGAAUUUUGUUAACAGGGUUUUGAAAAGAACUUAAAGGAAUACAAACACAAUAUUAUAUAGGUAUAAUCCCUAGGUCAUGAAGUUGAUGGCAAAUUUAAAAAAAAAAAAAAAAGGUCACGUGGUAUGGCGGUCAUAUUGGAAUUUGUACAAAACCUUUUAGAGACUUCUUCUAUGAAACUAUGCAAACCAUUGUAUUGAAAUUAUGUAUACAUAGACUAAGCUUAAAUUAGUAGAGUUAUGAAGGGUUUAACUAUGUCACGUGACCUAUUUUUUUUUUUACGUUUUGUCAAUUUUAAAGCUUAAAGUACCAGUCGGGCUAGAUUUUAAAUGGCACGCUUCAUACUGUACUUUUGCAAGAGGAAUCAACAUAUGCAAUCAAAAUUGACCGGAAGUUGUAAUUUUCAGGGGGAAUCAAAUUACAAAUAGGAAAAAUGGCAAAUAUAUUUACGUCUAUAAAAUUAAAUGAACACCAAAUAAAACAUCGAUUUAUAUGUUAUUUAAUACAUAGAGGUGAACGACCAGUGUCCCAUUUGCAUAAAUUGCAAUAUUUAAUUAGAUUACGUAAUACCGCCAUAUUGGAAAAACGUGACAUCAGGCUAUAACAAAAAUAAUACUGAAGCUAGAAAGCUGGGAUUUGCACCAAAUUGUAGACCAAAAAGCUUCCUCUUUCUGUUAUAUGACAACGGAUUUGAGCUGCGACCAAUAUUUUUCAAGAUAUGGGCGUCUACAGAUUGCUAUUUUAUGCUGUAAUGUAAAUAGUAUGUACAUAUAUACCGUAAACGUUUAAGUUAUAGGAUGUACAUAUAACAUACACUUGUUAGAGGGACCAGAAUGUACCUGCAUAUUAUAGGCUUGUAAAAGUAAGGUACUGACCAGCAUGUACGGUAAAUUUGUAACAUUUACAUGGAAAGUGCCUAUAAUAGCUUUAAACAGAAUGACAGUAGUUAAAGUUUAUCUGACUCCAUGGCGUUGUCCGUGGCGUCAUGGGCUGGUCCACCGGUUAUCGCUGCUUUGCAGCUAUAUUUAUGCUUGAAUUUGUUGGCAGCCAAUUUUCCACCGUAGAUAUUGUUAUUUGAAUACAGGAUGGGCAGUAUAAUACCAAACCUUCUACCACUUUGUGAUAAAAUGUGACCCUAUAUACCCAUAAUCCAUAUUGCGUUCAGCUGAUGACAUCAUUAUGCAAUUGGUGUGUUAAAUGUAACAAGGGGUCUACACAGACGUCAGUUGUUACCGUUGCAUUCGCUGGCUGUAUACUUCAUAUCUAACGUCAUACAGAUUCAAUAAAAUCAG